AUGCCUGCCAAUGAUUCCUCGCUGACUGGGUUUGAAAGAAAAAUCGCCUGGUCCAGGACUGGCGCAAUCGCCUACAUCGCCCCAGACGGGUCAAAGGCAUUUCUACGGAAUCUCAACUGCAGUCCCGAGGACGGCAAAUGGAGCCUGAGUGAUGGAGACCAUGAGCACCCCAUUGCUGAAGCACAGACUGGCCAUACCCUGGUUCAUCUUGCCUGGAAUGAGCCUGGGACCGACCUGGCUGUUGUCGACUCCUGCGGUCGAAUAUCGAUCGUUGGAAUGUCGAUUGGCCUCAAUGUUCUGAUCCAGUCGCGUCCGCCAGCCUUGGACCCUGAUGACGAUGGGAAUCAGCCUGUCGGACUGAUGUGGCUUGCCUUGAACCGCUCGCUGGCUUUGUUUGUCGUUACGAGAUCUGGCAAGUUGAAAUUGCUUUAUCAAAACCAGGAAUCUAAAUGGGGGGAUAUGGUGAUCGAGCUACAGAACACAGGUUAUACUGACGAUGCUCUAACGCAUGCAUCCAUGACCCCGGUAGAUGGCGGAGGAAUUAUGAUCGUCACAUACUCAGCGAGAAAUGAACUACGGCUCUACCGUGCCAUGCUCAAAUGGGAAGGCACACCAGUUGAUUCCAAUACCCAACGACCAAACAAUUCCAUUGCGGUGCCCAGUGUGCAGUUGGCUCACAUCGAGGUUGAAAUUCCAACUGUUGUACCAUCACCCUCAACAUAUGUCAUAGGGAACGAAGACAACAUCACCAACAAUGCAAAUGGACUAUUUGCACUUACGCACCUGCAGGUAGUGGCCUGUCCGGUGGAUGCUCCUGGUGGGCAAACCGCACCAAUGAUACUAGCCGUGUUUUCCUGUCCAUUACACAAUAUCCAUGGGCGGUCUCACCUACAACAUCCCAGUGUCAUUGCUAGGUGGGAGCUUCGUUCGGUCAACCAGAAUCUUCACAAGAGUUUCGAUAGCAUAGUAUCGAAACAGCCUCGAAAUCCACUCCUGGCGGAUACAUAUUUUGACAGACAUAUAGUUUCCAUUGACUACAUGGAGACGGGAAAUAUCUUUGCUAUUACCACCGAUGAUGGCAAUAUAGCAUUUUAUGAUGCAAAGGGCUUUACUCCUUUAUCUGGCGUUGAGGAUAUCGAAACUGUUACCAGCCUGCCACAAUCUGGCUUUACCUUUCCUGCCGCAAUUUCUCCGACAUUGCUAACGUCCAUGCAAGGCGUUCAUAUUUCAUUUUCACCAAGUGGCUGCAUUGCAGCAUCUCUUGAUGAAAAAUCGCAUGUCCAGAUGCGUGUGAUGGAGCAUUCUUUUGGUCAUGAGCAAGAUGGUUUGUUUAAUGAUGAUAUUUACGAAGAAGCUAAUGAGUUUGAAGGAAAAUUCAUGAGUGCACUUGCUGCUCUCACCAUGGCUUAUUGCAGAGCUUGCAGCAGCGACAGUAAUAAUGAUGAUAUACUAAUGAUUGUUAUUCAGCAGCUCAACCAAGAUUCUCACAAGAAAUUCAUAGAUGAAGUCUAUCGAGCUUUGUCGAUGAAUGUUACUGUCGAGCAAGACAAGCUCAUGAAUAACCCAUAUAUCCUGAAAUGCUUCAGUAUGCAGGCUGCACUUGGGUUUAAGAACCGACUUGAGCGCCGUAACCUUGCAGCUGCUGUUCCGUGGCUGACUCUACAACUUCGACAAAUAUCCAUCUUACUCACAUAUAUACUACAUUUCAAUAAAGCUGGUACUGAUGUCGAGUGUUAUGAUCCUGAAACACUACGAAUAACAUUGGGAAAUGUGAAAUGGGCUCUCGACCUGGCUAAAUACAUCGUUGAUGACCUAUUCGAGAUUUCUGAUAAUCUAAACAGCCAGUCUAGCAGCCAAGACUCGGGGUCAUCAUCAGGAAAAUUAUGUGAAUCACUCUCGACAAUCCUCAUUAUCUCAAGCAUCCCGCGUUCAUUCCUCAGAUAUAUAUGCCGCGGUCUCCGUGGCCUCACUACUGGAUUCAGGAAUGCAAUGAAUCUGAGCAAUGAAUCCUACCAAAUCUAUUCUCAGAUAGUGACAUUGAUCACAGAAUCUGCUCUAAAAGUGGAUGUAUAUGAGAAGCUUCUUGCAAGUGUUGAAUCUGACGUUAAACACGCCUAUCAAAACGCGGGUUUCAACAACGCAGACCGCGCAGCCCCUGAACGAGACCUACUUAUCAAUGGCAGUAUACCACCCGUUUUACAGCCUGCAGUGACUGCAAUCCUUACUAAGACGGUUCCCAUGAUACGGAAUGAAGCCAACCCCAUGUAUCUGUUUUUACAAGACUACAGCUGGCUGGGUGUUGGCGAUGACAAGAGAGCAGACCUUUUCAGACACAAGUACGAGAUCGAUAUUCUUCGAAAAGUGUUAAUACCUCUAGAUGAAUCUAGGGGUGCUGUACGGCCAAGCCGAAGGUGUGUUCGAUGCUGUGCGAUAUCAGAGGAAAUUCCACCGAAGUCUAUGGCAGCCGUGAAGAUGCUGAUGAGAACUGCUGUUCUCCGAGCUUGUACUUGUGGUGGAAUGUGGUCUAUGAGCAAUGCUAGCAACCUAAGAGGCUCUACUACUUUGCCAGGAUGGAGACAGCCAGGAUAA